CCCUCCUCCCGCCCCCUCGCCCGGCGCGCCCGGCUAUAAAGGAGCGUUUUAUUCUCGGGCUCCGGUCUCACGCCAAACCCUGUCACACCGUCUAGACGAGCUGUCGUGGGGCUCGGCCCAGCUGUCACCAUGGCGAUGGAGACGAGUCCGCUGUGAAUUUUGGGGGGGAGCGAGCGAGAGCGGCGGCGGCGGCGGCGGAGGAGGAGGAGGAGGAGGAGGAAGGCUCGGCCGCCGCCGUGCCGUGCCCUGCCCUGCCCCGCGGGGGAGGCUCGGACCCCCCGGCGCUACCGGCCGCGGCUGGAGCCGGCCCGGCGGGGAGCCCCGGGAGCCAGCGGCCGCGGGCGCGGGGCGAGCCUCAGAUGCGGCUGUCACACAACCCCGGCCGGGCUAUUUAAAGUAACGGGCCCCGCCGGACACUGGUGUCUCUGCCUAUUUAUGAGCCCCCGGGAGCCGGCGGGCGCCGCCGGGCAGCGCUAGGAGCCGAGCCCGCCGGGAGCAGCGCCGGGGCCCGCCCGGAGCAUGACGGCGAUCCGGGCGCUGCUGCUCUGCCUGUGCCUGGGGCUGCCGGCGGGCGGGCAGCCUUUCCUGCGCCUGCGACCCUCGCCCAGCGACAACCUGCCCGUCAAGGACAUCGUGGAGCACCCGGACCCCGAGUACGACCCCAAGGAGCAGGACCUGGACGAGAGGACGCUGAGAAAGAAGCUGGGCAGCCAUUUCGACCCCGGCUUCAUGGCCGUGGCCGUGCCGGGGCCGGCCAACGCCUCGGGCGCCGCGGCGGCGGCGGCGGGGCGGGGGCGGGCGGCGCUGCCGGCGGAGCUGCGGCGGCUGGAGCUGGGGCCGCCCCGGGGCCCCCGCCUGCGGCUGGGCAAGAAGGCGCGGCGGAAGGUGCUGCAGUGGCUGUGGGCGCACACCCACUGCCCCGUCCUCUACGCCUGGAAGGACCUGGGGGUGCGCUUCUGGCCGCGCUACAUCAAGGAGGGCAACUGCCUGGCCGAGAAGUCCUGCUCUCUGCCCGAGGGCAUGUUCUGCAAGCCCGUCAAGUCGGUCACCAAGACCUUCCUGCGCUGGCACUGCCAGGGCUGGUCCAGCCAGAAAUACUGCACCUGGAUCCCCGUGCAGUACCCGCUCAUCUCCGAGUGCAAGUGCUCCUGCUAAGCCUCCCCGGCCCCUUGCACUGCCGCCCUCCUCCUCCAGAUCACUUUAGGGGGGAGGUUUUUUGGGUGGGU